GUGUGGCGUUCCUCUCUUUAUAAAGCUGCGCGGAUCCUCGUCCUCUCAGCAACAGGUGCGGAAACAUUCCUGCCAGACUACACUGAAAACCACUGCAGAAUCACAGCUACAUACAGUUGAAGAUGGCCUCUACAAAGGAGAAACUCAUCACUCAUGUGAGCAAAGAGGAGGCCACGGGGCCCACUAACAAGGUGACCGUGGUGGGUGUAGGGAUGGUUGGGAUGGCCGCCGCCGUCAGCAUCCUGCUCAAGGGUCUGACUGAUGAACUCGCCCUAGUGGACGUGAUGGAAGAUAAGCUGAAAGGAGAGGCUAUGGACCUGCAGCAUGGAAGCCUCUUUCUCAAGACGCACAAGAUAGUGGCGGAUAAAGACUACAGCGUGACUGCAAACUCCAAAGUGGUCGUUGUGACCGCUGGAGCACGUCAGCAGGAGGGCGAGAGCCGCCUGAACCUCGUCCAGAGGAACGUCAACAUCUUCAAGUUCAUCAUCCCCAACAUCAUCAAGUACAGCCCCAACUGCAUCCUUCUGGUGGUCUCAAACCCAGUUGACAUCUUGACCUACGUGGCCUGGAAGCUGAGCGGUUUGCCCAGGAACCGUGUGAUCGGCAGCGGCACAAACCUGGACUCCGCUCGUUUCCGUCAGCUGAUGGGAGAGAAGCUGGGCAUUCACCCAUCUAGCUGCCAUGCUUGGGUCAUUGGAGAACAUGGAGACUCCAGCGUUCCUGUGUGGAGCGGAGUCAAUGUGGCUGGAGUGUCCCUCCAGAGUCUUAACCCUGACAUGGGAACAGAUAAAGACAAGGAGGACUGGAAGAGCGUCCACAAGAUGGUGGUUGACAGUGCGUAUGAGGUUAUUAAGCUGAAGGGCUACACUUCCUGGGCUAUUGGUAUGUCUGUAGCUAACCUGUGUGAAAGCAUCUUGAGGAACCUACGCAGGUGUCAUCCAGUUUCAGCUUUGGUCAAGGGAAUGCAUGGUGUGAAUGAAGAGGUCUUCCUCAGCGUGCCGUGCCUCCUGGGUAACAGUGGCUUGACCGAUAUUGUCCAGAUGACCCUGAAGUCAGACGAGGAGAAACAGCUGAAGAAGAGCGCUGAGACCCUGUGGGCCGUUCAGAAGGAGCUGACCUUGUGAAGCGCGGUUUCCUCCAAAAUGUAGCCAGUGUCACAAAUUACAAACCCAGUCUCAGACCUUCAGAUUGUAAGAUCUUAUUUAAAUUUUAGCUGUAUAGGAUAAAGUUUAUUCUGGUUGUCCUGACAAAGAUCAUAAACUUUGUAAAAGUUUGUGUCUGUGUGCAUACUAUUGUAUAUUCAAGAAAAAAGCACUCGUGAACAAAAUGAUGUGCAAUUUGAGAUUCUUAUUUUAAUUUCUGCGGUCAGCUAGCAUUCCGUACUUAAGUCCUUUAUCACAAAAUUGAUCAUUUCAAGCAAGAACAACACGUAAAACCAAAGCUACAAAAUAUCAGUUUUCUGAAACUUCAUGGUAUUUACAUGUACAACAAAAUAAUAAAAGUUUAAAAAUAAGCUCAGAAACCAGGAUUUUUUUUUUAAGGCAGGAUUUGACAUCAAAUUAUUAAAAGACAUGAGCACAAUAGUCCUUAUUUGUGAAAUAAGCAGAACAAAAUGCAUGUAAAUUAGUCAAAACUUUUCAUGCAAAACUUUUUGCAUUGAAAUUCAAUGAAUUACCUUAGAAUUUUUUUCACGUACAAUUUUUAAUUUCUAAAUUAAAUGCAACAAUGCAAAAACGGUUUAGCAAAUUAUAUUUAAUUUUUGCAUUGAAUUCGUUCCAACAAUUUAAUUUUCAACUGUUUUAAAAGUAUGGAGUUCUGAACAAUUUUGAAAUGUCACAUUGAAUUUAAAGCAACAAUUUUAUCUUAGAAUGGUUUUAUGAACAAUUACUACAUUUAAACACAACAGUUAACUCAAGAAUGACUUUGACUUUUCGCAUUGAAUUUGAAGCAACAGUUUAACUUGGAACUGUUUUACAUUUUCAGUUACAUUAAAUGACAACUAAUGCAAAAACGGUUUUAGGAGAAUUUUUGAAUUGUCAUGUUGAACUACCUUGGAAUGGUUUUACAAACAAUUUUGAAUUUUCUACAGGAAAUCUGAGAAUGGUUUAACGAAUGAUAUUGAAUUAUUGCAUUUAAUUACCUUCGAUUCGUUUUUAAUUUUGAUUUGUUACACUGAAUGUGAGUAAACCAUUUUAAAAUGUUGUCUGAAUUUAAUGCAACAAUUUGCAUAAUGAAUUAAGAAUUAUUUGAAGGAAUUUGUUCAGUACAUGUUACAUACUUACGGUCCAUUUAACAUCAUGACGAAAUCCAAAUAACAACAUUCUGCGAAGAAAUCACUUAACGAGCACAACACCGUUUAAGGCAUUUUAGCAUCAUAAACAUCUCAAGAUUGCGCAUGUAAACACAUUGAAUAAACCAAGUUACUGAUUUUUUACUCAAGACAACCACAAGUGCACAAGUUUUGCCAACCAGAAAAAGCACUUUUACAUCUAUUAUCUUGGGAUUAAACCUUUUAGAAAUUCAUUGUACAUCAUGGUAUAUCAAAGUGUUGAAAUCUUAUUGUUUAGAGAAUCCAUCAUUUGUAAUUUGUGUAUACCUUAUGUAUCUGCUGGAAACAAAAUGCUGUUUUCAGUGUGUUUUUAUUUAUAUCAGUGUUGGUUCAUCAGCGCAAUAAAACUCUCAGCUAAGUGGCGAGACACAGUGACGGUUACUUGAAGCGUGUGACUGAAUAAACAGUGUGACUUAUAAAA